AUGGCCCGACACAGGGCAGAUCACGAAAUCGGCAAGAAGCACCAAAAGGCCGUGUGCAGAGCCGCGGGCACAGGCUCGGUCGCGCCGAUGGACUUCGACCAAUCGCAAGAAUCAUAUUCCUGGCCGCAGCAGCGGUACAACAAUGGGUACGCCUGGCGGCCGCAGCUCAUGCAGCAGCAAUUGAUGGACAGCUCCUAUGGCGCAGAUGCAGUACCAGGCCCACGGCCCACCGCCAAACGACUCGGCAAGCGCUUCCAACAUGGACCUCCCUUGGAGCCUGUUGCCACCCAUUCAAUGAGGACUGUGUGGGCAUGUCCCCUGGCGAAGCCCUUCGAAAGCUUCAGCCGCCCAUUGCAAGUUUAA